CACAGCCGAGGGUGGAUAACAAUAAAAAUAAACUCGUCCCACGUUUUUCGACGUGCGAAUAAGUUAAAGUAACAAAAUCGUCUGUAUAACAUUUUACUUUAAUGACAGAAAAUAAAAACAAACGACAUAUACAUCUCAAUGGAUGAGGGGGGACGGAGUUAAACUUUCGAGAGACGUCACUGUUCGGCGGGGUGGCGCGUCAAGGGCGAGCGGCAUCCCUGGUGGGGAUACCUUCGGCGGGUAGGGGCGCGUCGCGGCAGACCGGGGCGCAAGAGGGAGGCGGCAGCGUGAGAGGCAGAGAGUGUAACCCCACGGUCGCACCGCCACCCGUGCGUCGUCGUACUUAAAAUAUGACUUGGGUUAGAGCGCACACGGGAUAGUCGUGCGAGUGUAGACAUAUUAGCCGUGUGCACCGGGAGUAUAUAAUCCGUAUUAGUUUUAGUCAAGCAAAAAUAAUUGUGAGUAAGGGUUGUUGUCCGAGGGGGCGCGCAACGGGGUCUCCGUCGAGAGGAAGACAGAGAGCGAGAGAGAAAGAGAAAUAGAUAGAAAGACAGAGCGAGGAACGGAGCGGACCCAGCACAAGGGAGGAAAGUCAACCAACGCGAGACGGACGGAUGAUACGGGGGUGGCUGGGAAAAUCAGACGCUUUCGAUCGCCGGCCGAAGUGAACGUGUGAAUCGCGAAGACAGCGGUGCAGUUUCGGGGGCCGCCGUUGCGAACCAAUACAUAUCAUUUUAUCCUAGUUGCAGAGUGUGUGUGUGUGUGCGCGUGAGGGGGAGAGAGAGAGAGAGAGAGGGAAAAAGAGGGAGAGAGAGAGAGUUGGUAGCGAGGGCGGAGGGUGGAUCGCGAGAAGGAACAACGCGAUCACCGAUCGGAGGUUCUCGCGAACCAGUGAGUUUAACGAGGGGUACAUGGAGAAAAAGCGAGAGAAAGGGAGAAGAAGAAACGUCGUGAGUUCCAUUAAGAUGAAUACACAGAGAUAUAUAUAAAUACAGAUAAAUGGAUAGAUAGAUAGAUAUAUGUAUACACAUGCGCAACGCGAAACGUGUGAGUGUACUUGGCUUGAUCGUCAUCGUCGUCAUCGUUAUUGUCGCCGUCGUCGUCGUGAACGCGUCCCCUUCCGGCCCGAGGCUUUCGGGACAGUGAGAUUUCCUUAGAGGAGUUCCGGAAGUGACUCGACGGAGUCCGAAAGAGAGAAAGAGAGAGAAAUUACAAAGAGAAAUUCCCUCCCGCGGAUGAUCGCUCACGAGCUACGUGUCGCCGUCGUCGUCCGUCGUGCAUAUCUUUUCUCGUGAACUGUGAUUCUUUGUGCCGCUCGUCGAGGGAGGAGGGACAGUGAUCUCAGCGACGAGACGGGAUAAGACAGACAGGCAGGAAAAAUGAAGCUCGACCUCCAGCUGGACCGGGAGAAGGGCCUCGAGCUCUUCGGCAAGCUGAUACGUACAAAGAACAUCGAAAGUCUGCAGGGUGACCAGCCCAAAACCGGUCCCGAGCCACUUCAUCCAGCCGACUCCAAGCAGAAAUUACAGAAGUGCCUGACGACUCUGGACCUGACGUCUUUAGGAGUUGGCUCCUGCGUCGGGACAGGGAUGUACCUUGUCGCAGGAAUGGUGGCGCGCAGCGUUGCCGGACCUGGUGUCGUCUUCUCAUUCAUUAUCGCAGCCAUUGCUUCCAUUUUUUCCGGGGCGUGUUACGCCGAGUUUGGAGUACGAGUGCCUCAUACGACCGGCAGCGCUUAUAUGUACAGUUACGUGACAGUAGGCGAAUUAAUAGCAUUCAUUAUUGGAUGGAACAUGGUGCUGGAGUACCUUAUAGGUACGAGUGCGUGUGCGUGCGCCCUUAGCGCCUGCCUGGACGCGUUGGCGAACGGUGCUAUUUCCGAGGCGAUAGCCAACAGCGUUGGCACCAUACUCGGUGAGUAUUCAUUUCGCAUACCGCCCACGUGUGCAAACUAUCGAUUACUGCAAGACAAACAAAUUUAA